UGUGGUGGUUGGGUGCUUUGCUACAUGUUUGGUAACAACUCGGGAAAAGGCAAAGGUUCGAUCCGAAAAGCUAUUUACAAACAACUAGCUCGGCCAAAUACUAGUGCAAACGAAAAUACAUCCAUUUCAACAACAGAUCGAAGCUGUCAACAGGAGCCUAAGCCGCGCCCUCCUUCUUUUACAUUUAGCAGUCCAUCAGGGGCAAACGUUGCCGCUGCAAAUAAUUUGUCAAUGGUUGGAACUCUCGCAGUUUCUUCACCGGCAGCAAUUGCUAGUGAUGAAAAUGCUUCCGGCAUGAAUAUUCCUUUCAGUGACAGAGCAAUCCCUCCAUCUUCAUCAGCACCUGAAGCAACAGUAGAACGGCAGAAUUUGUUUCUUCAUCCAAAACAGUUAAAUAAUGGACACCAAAUAACUAGGGUUCCAUGUCAUCAGCAACAUUAUAGAAGCAUAAGUGAUUCACCAAAAUAUGUAAAUACUGCAGGAAAAGCUUCUCUUUUGGCAACAAAUUCACCAGUUCCGCUUCUGAUCCCAUUGGGAAAUAGUCAGUUUUUUCUCAUUAUCUUUCCCUUUUUAUUUUUCCAUUAUCCACGAGGUGGAUGA